AUGCAGGCGCAUGAUAUUCAAAACGCGAAUGGUAACGCGAGUACUUCCGCGCCGAAAAGGAAGCCCCCCAAACUCCGACCUCCCAAGCCGCGAAAGGGUUCAACUUCAGAUCUAGAAACAAACGGUUUUAAUGAGCAAAGAGUGAAUGGUGUCCCAAACUCUACCAAAUCAAGUUCCCCUUCUGCAAAAUUGGGUAGCGACUCCACAGAUCCAAGACAGAAUGACCGACAACCACCUUCACCUCAGGCUGCACCGCAGGUUGAAAAUCAGAACCAGCGCACUCGACACUACCGGAGACCCCGUCGAACAUUGACACAUUUACAAGAUCCAUAUCAGGAACAAGGCGUCGUGCGCGAGCAAAGGGACAAUAGAAGUUUGGAACAACGGACGGCACAGGAAAGGCGUGUGAGCCACAUACUCAACCCUCCGGAAACCCAGGGCCAGCUAGAGCGGGCCGGUCAACUUGUUCCAAAAGCAGCAACUGGAGCUGUUGAGCAAGUGACGGAGUCUACGGAAGUAAAGCCACAGUCGACAAAGAACGAUCAAUUAAAGUUGAGGCUGGACUUGAAUCUGGAUGUGGAAGUUGAGUUGAAAGCAAAGAUCAGAGGAGACCUAACGCUGCAACUACUACAAUAA